ACCAGGCCCCUCAGCCUUAGCCUCGGCUUCGGCUUUUCUCGGUUAGGCGGUGAACGGGGCCCGAGCCUCACAGUCUCCCCAGUGCCCCCCCCCCCCUUCCCUUACAACACCCUGGCAGACACAGCUUCCCCCAGGCCGGAGCCACAGGCUUUUGAUGUGAUGACAUAGUGUACUGUUUCAAAUGUCAAGUAAACCAUGGCGUCUGAAGCACAUGAAGAAGGAACAGAGCCAUCAGCAGCCUUGACAAAAGCUGGGGAUUCAAGUAGUGAAAGACUGGAGCAAUGUGAAACCAAUGAAUGCAAUCCCAUGGAAGGGAAAAAUCAAAUGAAGGAGAAUGAUUGGAAUCUUGGGAGAACUGAGCCAAUGUCAAAAAGGCAGAUGAAAAAGUUAAUGAGGGAGAAACGGUGGCUAGACCAAAAAGAAGAUCGCAAGCAAAAGCGUAAAGAGAAAAAGCUGAAAAGAAGACUAGAACGUCAAACUCAGAAUGAGGAAAGGCAUGAAGAAUCUGCCAGGAAACGCUUUAAGAGAGAUUUCGCUCCAUGUAACCUUCGUGUUGUACUAGACUGCAGCUUUGAUAGUUUAAUGGUGUUGAAGGAUGUCAAAAAGCUGCAUAAACAGAUUCAGAGAUGUUAUGCAGAAAAUCGAAAGGCAGCACAUCCUGUGAGGAUGUAUUUGACCAGUCAUAGUGGACAGUUGAAGAAGAACAUGGAUGAAAAUGACAAAGGCUGGAUCAAUUGGAAGGGAAUUACAUUUACACCUGAACACGUCAGUGAAGCCAUAAAGAAGGAAGAGUUGGUUUAUCUCACUUCUGAUUCACCCAAUGUGCUGAAUGAUCUGGAUGCAUCAAAAGCUUACAUCAUAGGUGGCUUGGUGGACCAUAAUCACCACAAGGGUGUAACAUACAAUAAAGCAUUGGACUUGGGAAUCGCACAUGCACAACUUCCCCUUGGAAACUAUGUGAAAAUGGAUAGUCGCAAAGUGUUAACUGUAAAUCACGUGUUUGAGAUAAUUCUCAUGUAUUUGGAAAAGCAGAACUGGCAAGAAGCUUUUUUUACUAUCCUGCCACAACGCAAAGGAGCAGUACCUGCCCUCCAUCCAGUCAGCACAGAACAAAAUGAGCCUGAAGGUGACUCAGAUUCUUGUGAUUCUGUAGAAAAUGGGACCACAGCACCAGAAGCUCUUGCGCAAAAAGAAAAGCAACUCAGUGAAUUAAGUUGUGAAAAACGAAACACAGAAAUUAAUGAAGAAAUAGAUGGUGAAACGUAGCAUCCCCUCCAUUUGAUUAAAUAUUAUUUUGAGUCUUGGUAUGCCUAAAAUAAUCCAAAAGCAGGACUUUUGAUUUGCCCUCAUGACACUUUCCAUUUCUUUCUUACAUUAUCACCUGAUAUUUAGUAUGCUACAAACUCUCAGAAUUUUGUUUGGACACAAACAAAAUUGAUGUAUUUCAAGUGAGAUUAUUAGUUGUUUCUCUGUAAAUGACUACAAUCAUUGUGUUAAAGUUGCUGGAAUUUAAAAAUGCAAUAGUCAUUGCUAGUAUACAUAUUGGUAUUUUAAUUACUUUGCAUUAACCUAAGGAAUUUUGGCUGAGUUCUGCACGGAGCAAUGUCUAAGCCAUUGAUUAUUAUGAGAAUGUUAAUUUAUUCCCACAGAUUAAACGUGUUUUCUGUGACUGUAUAUAACAUGUACACACAAAUACAUCUGAUUUAAAACUAAUAUUUCCGUUCCUAUGCUCAAAUUAACUGCAAAAUGUUAAGCCUUUAUAACAACAAUUGGGGAUUUUAAAGGUGUGUAUCUUUAUUAUGGUUAAAUGAUAAUAUGGUCAGUUUAAAUUUCAGACUGAUGUAUUAUGGAAUCAGUGACCAAACAAAUUUCUUGGAAGUGUUUACUUAUACGUAGUUGGAUUUGGUUCCUAUUGGUUCAAAAGUUGAUUCACAACAUUACUUGCUGUGCAGUUUGUGGUUCAUGAGAGCUUUGAACUGGAGGAGGUUAUUCAGUUUGUUCAGCCUGUUCACUAUUCAUUUCUAACAUGACUAAAAUUAUACCCCAAUUUCAUAA